GUCUGUGGGCUUAAUGUAGUUCAGAACGAGGCCCAUCCAGCUCAUUUCACCCACAGCACCCGAGAGCAUACAUAAAGCUAACCUGAACUUAGAUGCCCUACUUUUUUUGUUUGUAACUCAGCACUGAGCUACAUUAGAAAUCCAUGCAUCUAUGUUCUGCAGAUUGUUGUGAUAAAAAAGAAAGCUCUGUUGAUCAAGUUCAUCGAUGUAUUGAGAGCUGUUCAACCCCUCUUACUCAGGCACAAAGCUUUGUACAGAAUGAACUGUCUCAGUUUCAGGAACGUCUCCAAAGAUGUGUUAUGGUUUGCCAAGAUCGAGUUCGUGACCAGGUUAAUGCAGAUACCUCAGAAUCUCAGGAUUCAGGCCAUCGCAAGGGCACAUUAUCUCUUGCCAACAGUGCAGGAAGUGUAAUGCGUCAAGCAGCUCUUGGGGUUGGAGGGGUAGCUGUUUACAAGGCAGAAUUUGAAGGAUGUGCAAUGCAGUGUGUGGACGACCAUAUUCAACUGAUGCCAUCAGUUAAAAAGAGAAUUGCAAACAUUUUAUCGAAGCAUUCAUAGAAUCUUAUAGCGUAUAUAUUUGUUGAAAGUGUUCAGUCUGGGUUAGUAUAAUAGUUGUGAAUAUUGUAGACCUUUUAAGUAAGGUCUUUGUUGAGUAAUGAAAAUGAGUAUAUUUUCUCUUGCUGUUCCUUGCUGUGUCAACCAAGGGGAUCUUUGUGACUAGAGAUUGUGCCAAGCAUUGUAGAAAUGGAGAAUUUGUUGCUUUGAAGCAUGAAAAUCUGUUUCUGAACCUUAAUGUCUUUUUUUAACAACAGUCUGCUUAUUUUUAUGAUGGGAUUGGGAAUCAGAAAAUUGUUGUUGCAUUGAAGGCUCAGAUCAGAUGGAAUAUUGAAUAUGAAUGAAUGAAUAAAGGUACUGUACAUACAGGACAUACAGGAAGCCAUCUAUGUAUAAGUGUAAGAAGUGGUAUACCAUGGCAAACAGCAUAUGAAAUAUAGGGAACUGGUAAGGAAAAGAUUGUAGUGUUGUGAAUGUAAGUUGUUGCUUAGUAUGUAUUACUAAUACAAAGAAAACCAUGAAUAUGCCGAAUAAGUGAACCUGUGAUUACAGUAUCAUAAAUUUAUUCAUGUCCAAAGGUGCUAUAAUGUAGUCAGGUUGUUAUAUGAGGUUGAAGUUCAUGUAUGUCUUCAUGCAGAAUUUUAGUUUUUUCAUAUUCUCCAUUGAGUUUAGUAACUUGCUGGAUUAUUUAGAAAUGUUUUAAUGCUGUCAUAUUAGUUGUAGGGUUUUUCUUGUGUCAUUAAGUAGACUGAGAUUUUUUAAAAAUUUGAAUUUAUUUCAUGAUAAUAUACAUUAGUUGCUCCUUUUAGGAUGUGAUAGUUAUUGUUGUAAUUUUUUGUAGUUAAAUAUGAAUUAUUUUAUAUGGUAAGAGUGCUCCUAGGGAAGACAUAAUAUAAAGUGGACAGUGCAGUAGUAAAUGUAAGAUACAAUCUAAGGUACAAGGAUAUUUUAAGAAGGAAACAUGGUUCCUUGAGAGGUGGUGUUUCAUAAGAGAUGCACAAUUAUUUCCUCAUAAUGUACAGUGAAUUUCUUAGAGGAAUUUGUCUCUCUUUGAACAUCAUAUCAUCAAGCUUGGCUUAUGACUUCUGUCCUAUUAUCAAGGAACUCUGGUUUGAGAAAGGGAUACUUGCAUUGAUCAAGCAGUAUUUCUCAGAGCUAAGUUGAAAAGUUUAAUAUAAACCUAAAUUAUAUAGCACUUAAAACUUAUUGCUUUUAUGCAAUCCAGGUGUUCUCUUGAAACACAAUUCUCACUUGCCUUUACCACUGUUUACCAGUGCAUCACUUAAUUUUGAAAAUGAGGUUUUAUGUUUUUGUGUUGUAAAUGUUUUGUUGUUUUUUAUCAGUAAUUUUGUCUUAUCAGUCUCUCUAGCAACCCUUUUGAAUAUAUAUUUUUUUGUAAAUAUAUGUUGGCUUAUUCAUGCAGCUUUAUUUUUCAUUAGCUCAUGUUGUAGUGGUACAGCAUUGCUCUCUCUUGUCUUUCUGACUCGAUGCCGUCCCACAAUGUGUGAGGCUAUUCACCAACUGUUGAAUAUGUAAAUCAGCAUACCCAUUCUGAUCUGCUUUCAAGUGACAUACCAUAGAACAACUUAAAAGUAAUUUAAACUUAACUGGGAUGACAAGUAAGUUUUAAGGCUCUGAUUUGUAAAUAAGAUUUGUAAGAAUAAAGUGAUGUGAAAAUAUAAAAUUUAUAAUUUUAUACUUACACAUAGUAAGUAGAACUACUUGUACAUGGAUGGUCUUGGUAGUGUCAUUAGUUGAGGACAUUAUUUCGCCAAAUUCCAAGGGAGAAAAAAACCAGGACUACAUAAUAGUUUGAUUACUUCUAUAAAUGACUUAAAUUUCAGAGGAGCCUCUCCCGUAGCUAUAACAGCAUGCAAUACCAUUGUCCCUUCAAGUUCUAGGGAAUUAUUGUUGCUAUUGUUCUGUGAAUUUAAAAUUACACAAAUAAUUUAUGAAUUUUUAAGAAUAGAGCAUUUGACCACUCUGUAAGGCUAGGUCAGGUUAUUUUAACAUAAGUUGCAUUUUUGGUCUUUUGGUUUGAUAAAUUGAACUUAAAAAUCACAGAUUCAUUUGAAAUUAAUUAGAAUUGCUCUUACAACAAAAGUACAGUAACCAUACACACCAGUGGUCUUGUCUUCACAUUAAAUGUGAUUAAAACCCCAAUUAACAGAUCUUGUUAUUCCAAUCUCAUGCAUAAACAUACUUCAAGGCAGUUUUAUUUACUUGCAAAGGCUCCCAAGUCUUUGUGUGUGAUCUUUUCAGUAUUGUGCAUAGAUGAAGUUCAGUAGGGUAAUAAAGUUUGUAUACUUAAAGUUCAGUAGAAUAGAAAAUUAUAUUAGAAAUGAACAGUAACAUAGAGCGUGACAGACAAGAUUAUAGGCUAGGCAAGCACAUAUUCCUCAUUACCAUAUGAUUGUAUCCAUAAAUUCAUAUUACCCAUGAUUUGUUUUGGAUUGUCUGUGAACCUUGGGUGUAAUGGUUGAGUAAAUUUCUCUUUGUCGUACCACAUAGGUAUUGAUAUUGUUAGUAGGAUUAGUAAUGUAUCACUGAUAUACAGUGAAGUAAAAUAUAGAUGGGCCAGAGACAUUAGGUACAGUUGCAAAAGUUAUUUUGAAUGUCUUUAAUUUUUUAUUACUGUAAGUGACAUGAAAAAAUUAAGCCAAUUGAAAAUAUUAAAAUUAUUGCAAUAUUAUUUGUGUGGUUUAGUACAUGGAAAUUGACUUAGAUUUGGAAAUUGACUUAUAUUUUUGUAUUAACCAUACUUCUCAAGUUCCAGUAUUGCUGUAAUUAUGUAAAGUAUUUUUGAUAGAAUUAAUUUUUAUAAUAGUAAGUUUGUUAUUCAAGGUAGUAAGCAAUAAAACAGGCUUUCAUAAUUUCA